CCGUAGACUGUUUAGUUUUUCUUUUCGUGUAUCAUACUGUUGCUGGCGAUAUCGUCCAAGUUUAUUCACCAAGAAAGAUUUCAGGCAGAGACUUCAUGUAUGGGAGUUUUCUGAAUCGUAUAAAAGGCUCGAUAUUGGUGAGGAACGGUGCACUGUUACAGCAAUUAACCGUCCAAAAUGACGUUCAAUGCGUUAUGAGAUGUAUAAAACACCCCUCGUGCUUGUCAGUGAACUACAUUAUUGACAACAAGGCUAAUGACAAACUCUGYGAKCUGUUGAACUGGGGAGCUUCUGGCUAUCAAAGGCUKUUAGUCCCAAAGAAAAAUGCCGUGCAUAUUCGACAGGAGACAGUUUGUGAGACGAAUCCAUGUGGUCCAAUCUACGAGUGCAUACCUCACAUUGGAAGUCUUAACUAUACGUGUGUGUGCUCUACAUACACCGAUGGUCUAAAUAGCUGUAGUAAAGAUGACACGUUCUGCCAUCCACUCGGCAUGGAAAACAAACAGAUUCUCGAUUCUCAACUAUCGGCCAGUGGUAUUUACGACUCUAAUUUCCAACCAUGGAAUGCACGGUUGAAUAUAGGACCACGAGCAUGGAUUCCGAAUCCCGUUGCUAACUCAUGGCUGCAAAUAGAUUUGAAGAAACCAACCAUGUUAUAUGGUAUCGCUACCCAAGGAAGGCAGAUUAUGCCAACUGAAGUAUUUUAUACUUACCAGCUGUCAACCUUUAAGGACGGUGGUGUGUGGAGCGUGUACAGGGAGAAAGGAAUACCAAAGACCUUCACAGGGAAUGAAGUUAAUCGUAAUCAUGACAUUGUCCGCCACAAGCUGAAUGAGCCUCUAGUGGUACUCAAAGUACGCUUUCUUCCCAAAUCCUGGAACGGRCCAUGGCCGGGAGUACGAAUGGAGCUGUAUGGUUGUAACUGAAUUGAAUGAACAAUUAUAUAGGGGAUAUUCCAUGGGCGCGCGGAGAUACGGAUUUUAUCUUCGAGUGUUCCAUUGAUAUCAUCUCGCGAGUGAGCGAAGCUUAUUAUAUAAACGCAAUAAAUAGGUAGCCUGCGUAGCUAGGCGUUCCUAGCCGCUCCGAGAGUUUGGGAAAGAGAAAGGGUUUCUCCGGCCUAAACUCUCUCGGAGCGGCUAGGRACGCCUGGCUACGCAGUCUAGAAAUAGGAUUAUACUUUAUCCUUCUGAACGAGUAUAAAAUAUUUAAUAGCUAAACUUCAUUCUCACAAUAACCACAGGACAACAUAUAGGUGGUGGGCAUCUCAUUUAUUCGUGCAUGUCUCAUAGAGCAAUACAGAGAUAUGAUAUCAUUUACAAAGCAGUGUAUAUUCAUGCCAUGUGGUGUACAGCCAGGAAGAAUAUGAACUGCGGAAGU